UGCUAAUCGCGCCCGCCCGCCUGCGAAAGGCAGCCAAAGAGAAAAAGGGCGGUCACGUGACAGGAAGAAGCAUGCGUUUGGACGCAAAGGGCUGCGCGCUGGUGGCCCGGGCGGUGAGAGGUCGGGGCUGCAACCCGGUUAGGCUUUGUCACCGUGGCAACAGCCAGGAAUUCCGCGGGGGCCAGCGGGAGAAGAGCAUCGAGGAGGUUGUCGCUGCUUUUCGCCGGGAGCAGGAUCAGCAAUGGAAGGAACGCAACAGGACGGUGCUCACCUAUCUGGCGGCCGGUGUAGUGGGCAUGGCGGGCUUAUCCUACGCAGCCGUGCCGCUCUAUCGCCUCUACUGCCAGGCUACUGGGCUUGGUGGGUCAGCUUUAGAUGGUCAUAGUUCAGAACAAAUUGAAACUAUGGAGCCUGUAAAGGAUCGCAUCAUUAAAAUCACAUUCAAUUCAGAUGUACAUUCAAGUCUUCAAUGGAACUUCAAGCCUCAGCAGACUGAAGUUUAUGUGGUUCCAGGAGAAACUGCACUGGCCUUUUAUAAAGCAAAAAAUCCCACUGAUAGACCAAUAAUCGGAAUAUCUACCUACAAUGUACUACCACCUGAGGCCGGACAAUAUUUCAAUAAGAUACAGUGCUUUUGUUUUGAAGAACAAAGACUCAAUCCUCAUGAGGAAGUGGACAUGCCAGUAUUUUUCUUCAUUGAUCCUGAAUUUGUAGAAGACCCAAGGAUGGAGAAAGUUAAUUUGAUUACUCUUUCUUACACUUUUUUUGAAGCCAAAAUUGGAUAUAAACCACCACUUCCAGGUUAUAAUUAACAGUACAAUAUGUAGACUACAUCAGAGUUUUCUCUUCAAUGCUCUAUUGAUAAUCACUGACUGUGUGAAAAUAACUAUUAAAAUAGCCCAGGAAAAAGGUUCUGAAUAUUUCAGGCGUUAUGUUUUAUUUCCUGAAUAUGCACUGAUGUGUCUUUUCUUUAGAGAUAUGAUUAAUCUUCAUUUUAAAAUCAAAUUAAGAAUACAAAGAAAUUAUAUACAAAAAUAGCAUAUUUUGUUCAUUUCUCUCUCUUCAUGUACAGGAAGAUCUAUCCAAUUGCUAAUUUAUGACUCUCAUUUUGUAAAGUUUUUUAUUCCACACAGUUAUCUAAAAUGUUAUUUAAUAGAUUAAUAUGUCAAAGGGGAAAAUAGUAAGUUUAUUUUUGGAAAUUUGAUGUCUGCCUAAUAAAGUAACAAGUAAUCAGUAAAGUAA